UAAAAGAUUGUUCGAUACUAUUGGAAGAAUAACUCACUUGGUUAUUUGGCAACCAACAGUUCAUAUUUAUUAACAAAACUGAUUCGUAAUAAAAUAAACAUACAUAUUUUGUAUUUUUACAAGAUUUUCUAUCAAAUAUUCUGUACAAAAUGCCCUGCUUUUCGGCCUGCAAUAGACGUUCUUAUCAACAACUAACAGAAAAUCCAGUUACUAGAGCUAAAACUGCAGCCCGUUCCAGUUCUUAUGGUGGUUCUGAGACACAAUUGCCCAGUUAUGCUUGCAAGAAGCAAACACCACUACGUCAGAGCAAUGAGGCGUUUAUAGCCUUGACACGAAAUGUCAAGAGAAAUCGUUUCAAGGUAGAGAGAAAAGUGGCUCUGCCUGUCCAGGAGUUUAAUCGAUUGAAAACUGCAGCCAAAGUAAUGACUGUAGAAGAUCGUUUGGAUGCUCUUAUGCUUAGGGAACAGGAAAUGAAACGUUUAGAAGAGGAAGCGGAACGUACCAAACAAUAUUUCAAGGAAAUCGAUGAGGCUCGCAAGAAAGCCGAAGGUGAGAGAAUUAGUGAUGUGGAAGGCGAAGAGGCUAAUGAACAGCUUAAGGUAUUGGAAAGAGCUUUUCUGGCCAAACACGAGCAGGAAGAGGAAGUGAAAAAAGCCAAUCGCAUAAUACUAGAUGCUAAAUGUCAUGCUGUACGUGAUGCCCAGGUGCAAGAGAAAUACGAGCUGCAAAAGGAAUUAAGAAAGGACGAACAACGUUUGGAGAAACAAGUCAUCGAUCGAGCUAAGAAGGCUUUAAGCGAAGAGGAUGCCAAAUAUGAGCGUCUGCAUGAACAGAAACAGAAAUAUGCCCAUGAGAUAAAGAAACAAUUGAAUGAGCGUGAAGAUCUUCGUUUUUUGGAAGCCGAGCGCAUAGAGGAAGAGGCCAUUAGGUUGCGUAAAGCCAAUGAAGUAAUCAAACGGGACGAAGAACGUCAGGCUAAAUUGGCCAAAGAGAGACGCUUGAAAUAUCGUGAUGACUUGGCAAAAGUAGUGGAAAUGUCCACCACUUUUCGCCGUAUGCUGUGCGAACAAGAGCGAGAGGCUGAAAUGAGAAUAGCUGCCUAUAUGAGAGCCAAAGAAGAACGCAUGAAUGCUUUGCAGGCCCAGCAGAAGCUAGCCAAAGAAGAGCUGCAACGCAAGCAGCAACGUAUUUAUAAUUUGGCGGAAAAAAUUCUACAAUCCAAAUCGGACCGUGAGGAAAUGUCCUAUCUAAGAGAACAGGAGAGAAUUGAACGGGAAUAUCGCCGUAAAGAAAAGGAGGCUGCUAUGCGUAAAAAACAAAUUGAAAAAGAAUUAGCCGAGGCUCGUGAUCGUCAAAUGCAAGAAACCAAACAUCGCCAGGCUCUACAAAUCGCCAGGGCCGAACAAGAAUUCAACACUCUCAUUGAUAGUCUUAAGGAAGCCGAAAACAAGCAAAAGCGUGAGGAUGAGCAGAGGGAACGUCAUCGCAAAUGCUAUCGUCGUGAUAUUAUUCAACAGAUGGGUGACAAUGAAAUGAAACGCCGCAAUUUGCAAGAUUUGGAAAAGAGUCAAGCUUCGGCAUGGCGUGAAAGUGAACGUCAACGUGAUGCAAAUAUACGAGCUGUUAUAACGGCCAAAUUGAAUGCUAUGCGUGAGGCUUGUUUGCCGGAUAAAUACAUAAAGGAUGUGGAAAAACAAUUGUCCAGAAUUGUGGGCAAACCUAAAGCUCAACCCAAGCUCAUUUCAUAAAGGCAGCAGUUUUUUUUUAAGUCAAGAUUUCUUUCUAUAAUUUUUGUCAAAUUUAAGGGCAGACUUUUGUUUGUAAUGGCUCCAGUUGGAAUAAAUGA